AGUAUAUGAGAGGUACAUUCUGGGAAUAAUGAACACUGUCCAAACACACUACAGUGUAUAAAAAGGCCAGGGUAUAGCCAGUCCAGUGUACUGUACUCUCAGGUAACUGAUCAGACAAGAUGAAGUUGGCUGUUGUGCUGUUUGCCUUAGUGACCCUUUCUGAGUGCCUUCUCAAGUAAGUACUAUCAUUUAUUUAAAAAAUAUGUAAUGUGUUUCAUUUCUUGCACCUUAUAUCAUCGUAGAUUUCUGUAGGGUAUUGUGUUGCUGAGAGAAUCAUGCUGAAACUAAAGUGAAAGGAAAUCAGUUUUCUAACUGCAGCAUCAGACAGUUUUGAGGCUCUGUUCCUCUCUGAGUCACAGAGAUUGCAGUAGUGUUAUAUUAUCUGAUACUAAACUAGAGAUGUCCACUCUGUGGCCCAGAAUUCCUCUGAUAAAGGGGAAGUCAGCCAGGCAGACUCUGGAGGAGAAGGGUCUGUAUGAAGAGUACAAGAGGAAGUAUCGCUACAACCCCAGAGCCAAGUUUAACACCAGGGCGGGAGAUGCCAUGGUGCCCAUGGUCUACAAUCCAGAGGUGUGCACCUAGCUAUAGCCAAGUCAAUCUUCAUUGGUGACUGCUUAGGCUUUCUCGAGUGUCUGGCUGAAACAUUCCUCAUAUCAUCACAUCAGCUCAUUAACCUCUCUGUCUCACACAGUCAACAUACUAUGGAGUCAUCGCCAUCGGUACUCCCCCUCAGUCGUUCAAUGUUCUCUUUGACACAGGCUCUGCCGACCUGUGGGUGCCCUCUCUCCAUUGCAGCAGCACCCAGGCCUGCAGUGAGUAUGGACACACAGUGAUGACAGUGAUACUAAGAUACACAACCGUGAAACAAUUAAAUAAUAACUAGUUGUGGAACUGUAUCCUCUAAAUAAGACGUGUUAUUCUUUGAUUCUUUGUUAAAAAUGUUCCUUUAAAUCAUGUCUACUCCUUCUCUCUCUCUCACCCUCACCAGGAAACCAUGCCAGGUUCAACACUACAGCAUCCUCCACGUUCCAGCCCAGUUCAGAGACUUUCUCCAUCCAAUAUGUCACUGGUUACUUGACAGGGGAUGUGGGAUACGACACCGUAAUAGUGAGAAUAUCUAUUUACUUUCCCCCACAUCGGUGAUGUAACACUAUAUGUACUCUCAGUAUGAUACUCACAUUUCUGUACUAAAUGAAAUAUUGUCACUACCUUUUAAAAACCAUGUUUAACUUUAUUUCCCAAACACAAUUCAACACAAUCACAAUUGUUUUUUUGUCUUUUAAUCAUUUUAAGCAUAUUUUAACACUGGCUUAACACCUAACAAACACUUUGUACUUUUAAAACACUUUUAACAUAGGCCCUGUUGUUACCUCAUGUCCCAGCGAUAAUGCCUUGCAUUAGGCCUUGGAAGCAAACACUUCAAUUUGCUCAACUUGCCAUUGGCUCAACUUACCCCAUGGUCAUUGGCUCAACUUACCCCAAGGCAAACAUUUAGACUAUAUUAGUCCACACAGCUACACUUUCAUGCUAGGUUUAGGACCUCACAUUGAAGCUUAUAGAGACCCAAACUGAUGUAUAGAACAAUCAUAAAAUUAUCUACUUUGGUUUAGUUACAAGCAUCAUGAAACCUCUAACACAAUAAAUUAAUUUGACUUGGUGAAAAUCUGUUUUUUGGACCUAACUUGAAAUGAUGACCUCAUUGGUCAAAUUAAUAAUUUUGUGUAUGGUUUCCUAGAAACAAGGGUGGCUCAACUUACCCCUUCGGCUCAACUUACCCCACUCUCCCCUACAACUUCUCAUUCUUAAAGGUCCAAUGCAGCCAUUUUCAUCUCAAUAUCAAAUAAUUUCUGAGUAACAAUUAAGUCUUCUUAACAAAGAGCAAUUUCUCAAGCAAGAAUUUUGCUAGGACUUUCUGAUAUUGGUCUGAGUAGUGAGGGGAAAACUGAAAACUAGCUGUUAUUUGGGACACUUUCUUAUUGGUCUAUUAACUAAUUCACCACCUGGUGUUGUCACCAGGCAGGCCAAAACUCCAUCCCAACAAAACAGGCUGACAUUUUUGGCGGUCUUUUCAAACUCUUACACUAAAAGGGCAUUAUUAUUCCAACCUCAUAGUGUGGAAGUAUACACUGAGUGUAUAAAACAUUAAGAACACCUUCCUAAUAUUGAGUUGCCUCAAUUCAUCGGCGCAUGGACUCUACAAGGUGUCGAUAGCAUUCCACAGGGAUGCUGGCCCAUGUUGAUUCCAAUGCUUUCCACAGUUGUGUCAAGUUGGCUAGAUGUCCUUUGGGUGGUGAACCAUUCUUGAUACACACAGAAAACUGUUGAACAUGAGAAACCCAGCAGCGUUGCAGUUCUUGCCACAAACCGGUGCGCCUGGCACCUACUACCAUACCCCAUUCAAAGGCACUUAAAUCUUUUGUCUUGCCCAUUAACCCUCUGAAUGGCACACAUACACAAUCCAUGUCUCAAUAUUGUCUCAAUGCUUAAAAAUCAUUAUUUAACCUGUCUCCUCCCUUCAUGUACACUGAUUGAAGUGGAUUUAACAAGUGACAUCAAUAAGGGAUCAUAGCCUUCAUCUGGUCAGUCUAUGUCAUGGAAAGAGCAGGUAUUCUUAAUGUUUUGUACACUCAGUGUAUAUAAAACACAGGAAAAUCGCAUUUUUGACUGCAUUAGGCCUUUGAAAUGUGUCACCACCAGCAUUUUGAGUGGAUGUGUGUGUGUGACUGGUUUUCCCCUCAGAUCGGUGACUUGUAUGUGACACAUCAGAUCUUUGGCCUGAGUCUGGUGGAGGAUGCUUACCUGCUUACAUUACCAUGGGAUGGGAUUUUGGGCCUGGCCUUCCCCAACCAGCAGUCAAUUAACGGAGGUACUCCUGUAUUUGACAACAUUUGGAAACAGGGCAAGAUCCCUCAAGACCUGUUCUCCAUCUAUCUGACCAGGUGAGAUUUCACUGGAGGAAUAAGUGGACAGGGUUGGCGGGCGGGCGGGCGGGAGGGCGGGAGGGCGGGGGGUGGUUGAUCUGCUGAUGUUUACUAAGUCCCUCUAUGUGAUGAACAUGGACAUUCUUCUUCCCAGCUCUAUAGAUGGCAGUAUGUUAAUCCUGGGAGGAACUGACCCAUCCUACUUCACAGGAAGCAUCCAAUGGAUUCCCAUCUCUCAACCUACUGGCUUCUGGCAGAUCAAAGUAGACAGGUAAUAUUAUGGAUGGCUAGUGUUUGUGAGUUUAUGUGUAACAGAAUUGAAGAUGAUAAUUGUCCCACACAAGACACCAGCCAAGUUCAAACUCAUUAAGGAUGAUCAGUUACUGGUGUUAUGCCUCCUUUUGUUGUUGAUGACUCUACAGAAUAGUGAUGCUCUGCUGAAUGUGCUCUGCCUGUUGCAGUAUUACUAUCAAUGGGAAUACUGUGGCGUGUGCAGCUGGCUGCCAAGCUGUAGUAGACUCUGGCACCACUGAGAUCCUCGGGCCUACCAGCGACGUCAAUAACAUCAAUGGCUGGGUGGGAGCCUACAGCGAACAGGUGUGUUUCACUGGAUCUCAAUCUUAUGAACACAGUUUUGUAAUGGAUAUUUAUGUUUUUCAUAUUUCUAAUAACUGAGGGGGAAAUGAUUUAUGUUACUAAUGUAAGUGACUCAGUAAAUUCUUUAGGAUUAAAUAAAAAAUAAACAAAAUUCCUCACUUCUUUACAGGGUAUCGUGAGUUGCAGUAAUAUAAAGCGCAUGCCUGAGAUUAUCUUCAACAUCAAUGGAUUCGGCUUUACUCUCCCAGCAUCAGCCUAUGUUUUCCCUGUAAGUCUCUCUAAAAUGUAGUCUAAUGUUCCAUUUGAGCAUGUAUUUGAGUACAAAAUCAUAGUAUUUUAGUGAUAUUUAAAGAAUCAUGCCAAUUAAAAUAACCACAGUGCCAAUGCUAUUAUGGAAAUGUUAUCAUUGUUGCGAUGUAAGGGAAUCAACACUGUUAGGAUCAGAGAUAAACGUUUCCACCUGUAAGUCAUACUCCCCCUCUUCUCCCUCCAGUAUGGCUCCAGCUGUAGUACUGGUUUUGGCACCUGGGACAAUGAUCAGUGGAUUCUGGGUGAGGUGUUCAUGAGGCAGUUCUACACUGUCUUCAACAGAGAGCAGAACUGGGUGGGCUUGGCCCAGGCUAAAUGAGUCCAGAGUCAGAUUGACACUGACAAACCCACUGGUGCCCCAACACUGACACCAUGCGUGUCUGCAUCUCAGACUGAGAGAGAUUCACCAGCCCAACCAUCUUUACUCCAGUUCUGUUUACAUCUGAAGUGAACAUCAGACAAGGGUAAUGGAAAAUGAACAAGCUCCACUACUAUACAAUUGUUCCAAUUAUGCAAAUAAAACAAAGUUAACCUGUAUCCGAUGUAUGAUUGAUUAAGUCUAUUAUGUUGUUUUCCAAAUGUGUUGUCUGUUUGACCCUUCAAAUGGAUUAUCAUUCAGAUUAACCAGAUUGAUUAUGGGCCCAUCCUCCAUAUAAAACUUGAGUGUUCUCCUCUGGU